UUGAACGUAGUAAGACGCUUAUCGUCGUUGGCUUCGCACUCGAGCUGGCGUGCUUUUUCUGUCCUGUAGGCUCCGAGAGGAAGAGCCGAUCAGAGUUUUCCCCCGUUUCCGUGCAGAUAUCGGUUGAUAAGAAGGAUUUGGCGAGGCUAGUUUUUAGUUUUAGGGAAACCCCCAACUCGAACAGUGCCGCAGUGUGCCGAGUGAUCACCGUAUGUUUUUUUCUCCUAAACCGAACCGGUGAAUUGUGUACGAAUCCAAGUUCGAAUUCGAAGAAGAAAUUAUGCAAACAAAACAAAAACAACAAUAACAAAACAAAAAUUUUGAAAUUCAACGGGAGAUGAAUAUUAUUCGUUGCUAAUCCCCGGUGUCACUAAAAUAACUCUGAACGCGCGAACGUCGGCUUAAGUUAAGACGGCAACCGCAGCGUUCACCACGGAAGCUUAAGCCGGCGCGCCAAGAAAAGCCGCCCGCCACCCGUGGGGGGCUAUCGAGCCGUGAAAACCAUCGAGCAAAGAUAUACCUACUGCACACAUGUGAGAGAGCCAAAAGACACGCCGAAACGAACCGGGCGAAACAAAACAUGAUAAAUUCGUUUUUGUGUUAAUUUUUAAUCAGAUUAAAACAGGGUUAAUUAAUGCAUUUAACAUUAAUUCGCGAGCAGUGCCAGGAACAAGGUUGGGUUGGGAGCUGAACGCUAAGUGAAAUGCUGCGAUGCUGCGAACCGGCUUCGUGAGUCAGGGUUGAGUUUUUCCUUUCGUGUUCGAUGUGUACGGUUCGAGAGGACCCACCGAUCGGUAGUGUUUAAAAGUGUGUCCUUCAUCGGCCAGAAAUAGCAUCCGGGUAGUUUUUGGGACCGAUGAAGUCGCCGCUAGGAAUCCCAAAAAGCUAGCGCGGCGGGGAAGAGUGUACCGAUGGUGUUCGGGCAAAACUAGUAGAAAACAACAAACGCAAAAAAACCACAAAGAUACUCUGGAGGAGUGGGUGCAUGUUAUUUGGCAUGGAUUUUCAGAGUGCAAUGGAAACUUUCGCUGAAGCAUGGGUUGCCGCGAGCGCUGGAGCACAGACGCAAGCUUUGGCCCUGACACACCGUCCUAAAACGCCGAAAAAAGAACUCUCAGUGCCAGUGUCGCCCGCCAACGGGCGAGAAGUGGAAAUGUCAAGCCCGAAAGUGCACCUUUCGUCAUCGGCUUCCUCGAACGUGUCGGAUCACCAGUGCGCCACCAUCGUCGAUAAUCUAAACUCCACCAGCAUUAGUAAUUCCGCUGCAAACGUCAGCAGUGGCCCCACCAUCGGUGGUGGUCACCAUCCGGCGAUAAGUGUCUCCCAGUCCCUGUUGGGAUCGAAUGCAAACCAUGCCCUGGCGUCACGGAUCGGAGUUCCAUCUGUCGUGACGACGUUUGCGGAAAACGGCCCCGGAGCCACCAUGAACAGCAAUAAUAAUAACAGCAACAACAACAACAAUAACAUUAACAGUGGAGCAUCUAGCAUACAACCACCACAGGUACCCUCGAACGGGUCCGAUCGAGGGGUGGUUCCCCAAUCGCCGGUAGCCGCCGUUGCAGCCGCCGCAGCCGCCAUGCAAGAUCGGAAGGAUUUUGAUUUCAGCAAAGUCAACGCUAAAUCCUUGCCACUUCACUGCGUAGUGGAAUCCGUCAGCUCGCUGCAGGCAACGCUGAACUUUGACGCUCGGAGCCCCUGGAAACGGCGGCCCACCAUCGAAACCGACAGCUACGUCAUCAUUCCGGCCGCGACGCCAUUUUGCGACAUCGUCUCGACCGCCCUACAGCGGCUCGGCUAUUCCUCGGAGAUUUCCAACUCAGCCAGAGGAUCGAUCUCCGUCAAGAACUGGAAAGCACUCUCGCUGGACGCCAUCUCCGAUAAUCCGCUGGUCUCGGUGAACGACAUCCUCGGGGAGUUGACGUCGGUUGUCACGCUGAAGAUCACCAUCUUGCGCAACAAACCCUCCCAGCUGGCGGAGAUUAAGGACAAACUGCUCAAGCUGCUCAUCCUCCAGUCCCAUGCCGUGCUGCGAUCAACCGGUUGCCCACUGGACGAGAUUACACUAUCGCAGAUUUGCCGCAGCCCGCUGCAAAAUACCUUCCCCUUUACGCCAGAAAUCACCGACGAGGUUCGUCGGAAAUUUGACCAAUGGUGGAGCAAUCAGCUCGCGCCCCAACCGAACCCAAUCGCUCACAAGAUCCUCCCUUUCGCCAACAAUCAACCGAACGAUAUGGACUUCGCCAGCUACAACAUGCACGAUAACCGGGAAGCGCUACUCGAGAACCGGCCCAACCCGCACCACAGUCUGGUGGUUCACCCGGCUCUGCAAACAGUUCACUCGCAGUACCCGAACCAGAAGACCCGCAUGCGUACCAGUUUCGAUCCGGAAAUGGAGCUGCCCAAGCUGCAGCGUUGGUUCCAGGAGAAUCCUCAUCCAUCCAGACAACAAAUUCAGUCCUACGUGGUUCAGUUGAACUCGUUGGAAUCGCGCCGCGGAAGGAAACCACUGGACGUGAACAACGUCGUGUAUUGGUUCAAAAAUGCGAGGGCCGCUCAGAAGAGGGCGGAAAUGCGACAGGGAUUAACCAAUGGUUACGGAAACCCCAAUAUGAUGCUAUCGCAGCCAGAUUACAUGAAGAGUUCACCGAGCGCCCCAUCUGAAGACAUCGACAAUCUUUCUCAGGAUGAAAUGGAUGACGAUCUGGAUCGUCCAAUGUCUCCUCAGCUCCCUCUUUCGCUAACAAUCCACGAACGGAAUCGACCAUUGACUCCGCAAGAUGAUACUCCCAUCAAACAGGAACGCAAUCCGACCUCCGCCAGUCCCCCACCAUCACCACCCCCGCAAAGCAAUCCGAACACCAGCAAUAGCAACAACAACAUGAACGAAUCGGCAAACGAUUCCGCCAUCCAGAACGACGGUUCAAAGUCCAACUACUCCAACGAGCGGUCCAGUUCCCCCCAGCGAUCGCGCUCACCUGCAUCCGAAGAUCUGGACAUGGACGAACCGGAAGGGAGCACCAUCGAUGACUACCGUUCACCUUCGCCGGAUUCGAAGCGAAAUCUCCCCUUCCCGAUCAACAAUCCGAUGUUUUCCCACUCCAUCAUGUACAUGAGCCACUACAUUCCGGCAAUGCAAGCGAACGCCGCCGGGAUGCACCUGAAGAGCGAACUCAGCCCGAACAACCACCCGGCUGGCCUGGGCCAGGGAGGUCUGAACCUGUCGUUCAACAGUGACGAGCGGCGGAAGCGCAACCGCACCUUCAUCGAUCCGGUCACGGAGGUGCCCAAGCUGGAGCAGUGGUUCUCGAUGAACACCCACCCGUCACAUAACUUGAUCCUCAAGUACACGGAGGACCUGAACCGGAUGCCCUAUCGCCAAAAGUUCCCCCGCCUGGAGAGCAAGAAUGUCCAGUUUUGGUUCAAGAACCGUCGGGCCAAGUGCAAGCGGCUGAAGAUGUCUCUCUACGAUCCGGCCCAGCUGGCCAACCUGGGCGAGCAGGCUCACCUAGCGAGUUUGCAUGAGAGCUCACAUCUGGCCCAGCUGCACGAGGCCUCCCAGAUGCAUUCCUUCCAUCACGGUGGCGAUCGGGAGUAAGCAGCAGAAGCGUUUGCUUGCUGGGCGGCGACCAUAGUAAUCAAACCGUGUGAUAUAGCGACAAAAAGGGUGACGUUUGGACGAACCUUGGUAUUUUAAUAAUGGCAUAGACGCAAAUUCCCACGAUAGUAAAUAGUAUUCGCUCAAUAAUUGUAAGUGCGGUUUUGCUCCCUGCAAACCGACAACUAAACUAGGCACUAGAUGAAAAUGAAUACCAAAGAAUGGCGGAUUUCUGUUUUUAGUGUAAAUAUUAGCGAGAAAUAAUGUUGAUUAUUAACCCGAGUUCUAUCGUAGUAACACAGCCUAGCCCCCUUCAAUAGACACCGUGAGAAUAUUCCAACAAACGUGGCGUGAGCACUCAUAGCUGGAAAUCGACGCGACACUGUACAUACAUAUUAAUUCCUAAAAUACUUUGGAAAAUGCUUAAUAGGCAAAAUAAAUGAACCAACAGAUAAAAAAAAUCUAUCAGCACUUACACAACUCAGUCAGGAAUUCAUUCGAAGCAAAAUCAUGUGUAAAAUGGACUUACAAUCCUAAUUACGCUAUUAUUCGAAUGGGAUGUGAACCCCGAAUACAGAGAUUUUAUGAAAUUGAAUUCGAUAUGGCGGCAUUGAAUGACAGUUUCCUGGCUGAGGCUGCAACUAGUUGUACAUAUCAUCCGACCAUCCGAAAACAAAGAGCUCGCUUCCCAUUGCACCCUUUCCAUCACGAAUCACGCAGCAGCUGCACGAAUCUGAGAGCUCCCCACUGAAACAUAAAAUUUAUGAUUAUUUAUUAAUUAUCAGCGCCAAAUGAUCCCAAGCAAUUUGCACGCGCGAGAACUUCCGAUUGCUCCACCUCCCACUCCACUGCUAAAAAACAAUUGAUCGUCAGCAUGUGCACAAUUAUAAUUCUAGUUGAAUUCUUUUUUAUCCUGUUCCAUUGCCUGCCUUCCCGCCACCCCCGUCUCCGCGAAAAAUCACCGACACAAUCCUUUUUUCCCACAUUAAAAUAUAUUAAACAAAAUGCGUCACUAGCAGAAUAGCAUUAAGGCAUCAACAGUUGUAAAAUCACAUUUCACUCGCGGAACAAUCGGAGGUUCACCGCGCGGACACAAUCCAUCCUCUGGGCGGGGGAAAUGGAGACGGUGGUGGCAGUGGAAUAAGCUUUUCCUAUAUCAAAUACUACCUGCUGAAAAAGCAGCGCUGCCGAUUCAAAAAUGUUCGCUCUAUUUUCCUAUUUCGGCCUUUUUUUCUUCUCUGUUCCCCCAUCAUAAUCUGAUUGUAGCGCCCCGGGCAUAGAUAGGCUCAUUAUCUUCGUCGAAAUAAUAAGCCGCAUUAUUGGAAAUAAGUUAUUAAGCAUUACUAUUUAUUAUUUUUCCCACCGCCGAGCUCUAGACAAAAAUCCAUUAAUAUUUAUAAGCUCUGCAUUACAUCCGUUUUGUUAUUAUAUUUUUUCUGAUUUUUGUUCGAAAAUUGGAGGUUUAUGAAUAAACACAUAUUGGUAUUUAAUACCUUAGUUGAGCGUAAGUUAAUAUUCAGUUGCCUUUUGUUUGCGGUUUGGAUAACAGAUGUUUAAGAAAAACAAUACAAAUCAAAACGUUGUAAAUAUCUAGGUUCACAAUUUUUAACUCCACUAGCAAAAGCAAGCAAACUCGUGUUUUCAAAACUACACAGAAUUCGAUAUCAAAACUAGGUCUUAAGGUUUUAAAUUAAUCAUUUUUAUUAGAUAUGAUACGAGGAAUAGUCACUACACUAGAGCAGUUAAGGAACGGAAACAUCCCAGUCUAGCCUAAUCGAAAGAAGAGUAUUGUCAUAUCGUAAGAACAUCAAACAGAACUAAUUGUAAUUAUAUUAUUCACAAUAAAAAUACCACAAUUAUAA